UUUUUAACCAAGGGGGGACGCAUAUUGUGAGUUUAUUGUCUCGUACAACAUUUACACCUUGUUUGUACGACAGAUUCUAUAUGUCUGGCGUAUUAUUUGAGGACAUUUUUGAUGUAAAGGAUAUAAAUCCAGAAGGGAAAAAGUUCGACAGAGUCUCCAGAUUAUAUUGUGAAAGUGAAAGUUUCAAAAUGGAUCUCAUUCUUGAUGUCAACAUUCAAAUAUAUCCUGUUGAUCUUGGGGAUAAGUUUCGCUUACUUCUUGCAUCAACACUACAAGAAGAUGGUGCACCAGAUGAUGGAGAAUAUCAACCUAUGGAAAACAUGCCUUCAAGAGCUGAUCAGUUUGAAUAUGUGAUGUAUGGAAAGACAUAUCGUAUCGAUGAGGAAGGCAGUUCUUCUGAAGCUCCAACUAGAUUAUCGGCUUACGUUUCGUUUGGUGGUCUCCUUAUGCGAUUACAGGGUGAUGCCAACAAUUUACACGGAAUGGAAGUCGACCAAUACAUUUAUUUGCUGAUGAAAAAAUUAGCAUUUUGAUUUUUUUGAUUAGUAGUGUUUUGUACGUGAUGAAUACUCGGAGGCAAAACAUCCCACGACCUCUUAUGUUAAUUAUCCAAGGCUAAGGGGCAUUGAUGUUUUUCUCGUCAUGCAUUUUUGAGGUAUUAUGCAAAAAAUAUUUUAUCAAUGCUAUUUUGGGUUCCAAACGUAGUGUGGGUGAAUAUUAAUUAUUUUAUAAAAUCACACCAGAUUGGUUGCAAACCAAGACAAGCAAUUAAUUCUGUAAAAUUGUAUCUUUGUUUGAAUCAUAAUCCCAUUAUCUUUUCUUAUUGACAUUGCUAUACUUUUGAUGUUUUUCAGGUCAUGCCUGCAUAAGCCACUGCUUAUGGGCGACCACUGCAGAGAUUAUUCUUAUUUCGUAUAAUAGUAAUGGAAUUUGUAACCAGGCUGUCUUUUUUAUAUAGUCUAAAAUUUUUAAUUAAGUAAAAUGCUUUUACCGGA